AGUAGAGGACGACCAACAACAUCAGCUCAGUGUUGGAACAGGCAGCUGCCCAGCCUGCUGGAAGCCCGCACGAAAGGAGAAGGUUCAAGAGAACCUAGCCAUCCUUUAUUUAAUUUAACUAACAAGUUGAUUCGUAAAUUAUAAAUUAUGAAGUUACUGUGGGCUGUCAGUGCCCUGCUCUUGAGCUGCUGGCGAACCAAUGCUUCCACAGCCCCAAACAUCAUAACUGAACCUGCUGAGGUCAGAAACCAAACAUCUGUUGAACUCAGCUGCAACUUGACAGACCAUAGCCUUCCCAUAAAGGGUUCUCACUGGACACACAAUGGCAAAAUCAUUGAGGAGUCAAAGACGACUGAAGACAAGUCUUUCACAUCUCUCCGGUUGGAAAAGAUCACCUAUCAUUCUAGUGGGCAGUAUGAGUGUGUGUUCCAUACUGAUCCAGAAGUGAAGAAAACAAUUGAGGUCAAAACUGUUCCACAUGUUUCUGCCUCCAAGCACUCAGAGCAUGGUAAUGAGAACGACAAGGGUGUGAUGACCUGUGUGAGUCAUGGCUAUCCACUGCCUACUGAUUGGGUCUGGUUCAAAGAGGAGGAUGGCAACCGAAAGGCCAUCAUCAACGGCACUGGUGACAGAUAUGAGAUCAAGAGCACCCCUAACAAAACCACUCUGACCAUUAAUGAGCUGAGCAUCGAUAACGACAUUGGGGACUACAUUUGCUCUGGAACCAGUGAACUUGGCACAAGCGUCGACAAGAUCUACCUGCGUGUUCGCAGUCGCCUGGCUGCUCUCUGGCCCUUCCUUGGCAUUGUGGCUGAGGUCAUCAUCCUUGUGACCAUCAUCUUCAUCUAUGAGAAGAGGAGAAAGCCUGAUGAGGUCAAUGAUGAUGACGACUCAGGAUCUGCUCCUCUGAAGAGCAACUCCAAUGCAAACCACAAAGACAAGAAUGUGAGGCAAAGGAAUUCUAACUAGAAGCUGAAGGAGAUUGGCAUCCAGAUGGCACUCCAGGAUUCAGCUGUUGUGUGGCACAUCAUACUGUGCACCCUGCAAUUUAAUAAGUACCUUUUUGUGCUUGGGUGUUUUUAAUGUUUAAAGAAAAAAUGAUUUCCUCCUUUAAUUUUCUUCUAUAUUCUUCACAUUGUGCGCCAAACUUCAUAGUGUGAAAUACUUUCUGCUUGAGGCCAUUGGGCAAAUAUUGCAUGAGUUUAUAUGCUGUUUUAGCAAAAUGUGUGUUGUAAAAUCUUUAGAAAUGUAAAUGUGAGGAAUGCUUAGUUUGUGACGAUCUUUUAGUGCUGCUGCUUCCUGCACUGACCUCACAGUUGCCACUCUUUGCUUUUUAUAUUCUUCGAUCUGAAAUGGUCACUUGUGAAGCAGCACAAGAUCUCAGAGGAUCCAAAACGACUUCUGAUCCUCAUGCAUCACUGCCAUUCUCAUAAGAAAGAAUGGAGCGUGUUUGAAGUCACCUGUUUGAUCUGUCUCAACCUCACCACAAACCUCCUUUAGCAGAGUUGUAUACUUUGCCUUAACAAGCACCAUUUCUUUUGUCUUCUUGCAGUUACUCAUUAGAAACUUAUCUCUGACGCUUUAAAUUACAGAAAUUGUUGUGGUUUAGACUUGUCUAGGUUUUUUGUUUUUGUUUUUUUUUUUUUGUUUGCUUCAAGAAAUUAAGUUUUGAAUAGGAAUGUUUUUAAAUGCUUUUUUUUCCUAUUUACAUUUUAAAUUGAAAUUUUAGUCAAUAUGUUUGUCUAUGUCACACCCGCAGUGUAAAUUAACUCUAAAGGACCACGUGCAAGAGAAGUAAACUGUUGAUUCUGUAGAAGGCAACUUUAAUACUUUGAACAUGUCUGAAACUGCUGAAGGAAAAAAGUGGACUUAGUUUUAUUUUCACUCAUUGUGAACUGAAACUGUUGCGAUUGUUGAACGGUUGUCUCUGUUUUCUUCACUUUGUAGAUAGUUCAGAAGCCAUAUGUUCCAUUUAACCUGAGUAGUGUUGUGAUUGGAUGUUACCAUUUCAGAGUUAAAGAAAUGAAGACCUAGCCAGAGUUGUGUAAAUUGUUGUACUUUCCACAAACAUGGAAUAACAUCUGUUGUACAACUUGCACAAACUGAAAUAAAGGUAUUGAAAUAAAAA